AGCGAAUUCCUCAAUAUGGGCUUUGACAGAUUUAAGUAUCCUUAUCAGAGUAGACCACGCUUUCCGGCAUAUAACCAAGUUGAAAAUUGUAUUUCCAUGGCGAAGGAUGUGGAUUAACUUUUCGGCCUUUGACGUGCUGCUUUUGGCAUUUGCCCUUCGGGGUAAUUAGAAAUAGUUUAUCCGAUAUAAUUGAUUAUGAGAGUGUAUCCGAAACCGACCAAUCUCCCCCCACAAACGUUUUUACAUUGACUGUUGCACAGUUGGUGCUCAAUAAAACGUUCGCCAGAUUAGAUACAUAUACACGCGAUGUCACAACGUUCUAAACGAGUAGCUUUUUCAGUGGAAAGUCUACGAGAAGAAGUAGACCAAGAAAUAGAUCAAGAGGCAAUUGAUAACAAAUUGUUAAGUGAUAUUAGAGCUAUUGAUCUGAAUUUGGUAGACUACAUUUCGGCACAAAUCAUUUUUUGCGCUGUACUUGUUAAAUUCAGUCUCAACACUGUUUGUGCUUUUGCUAAUAUUGUCCCAUCGUUAUGUGUACUGCCUAUAAAAAUACGUGGGGAAGUUUUGAAGUUGUUGCAUCCACAUAUAUCUGGAAAUGACGCCGAAACACUUUUCAAAUGCAUGAGAAAGGUGAACCUGCCGAAUCUGGUAAAUUCUUCAAAUACCAGUCUAGUUCAUGUAUUUGCACCGCCAUACGGACACUGUCUUGAUUGCAAUUUGUCGUUAGUCCGUCAUAAUGACCCAGUAAAAGUCCAGUACCAUCAUCAUUAUGGUACAAGUGAAGGAAUUAAAGUAUCCUUAAAGUGUAGUCGGUGCAAAAUGUUUUAUGGUUAUUCAAAGUAUGGCAACCCUGAAACUGGAUGGAAAUUGUAUCCUGAAGCCAGAACGUCAGUAGAAGCAUCUGGUGUGUGUCUUGUGGAGAGAUCGCUACUAAAAUGGCAAAUAUCUUUAGUGUAAGUUUAAUAUGGGUUAUGAUUUUCAGUUUUGCAUGAAUACUGACUGCAUCCACAAUUUUUUUUGCAUCAAUACCGGCUGUGAAUGAUAACAUGGCAUGUUAUUGCAUGUUUGAAACUUCAGUAAUUUCUUACUCGUGGAAAUGAUACUUGUUUGUAACUUUAGUUCUUUUUUUUUCUACGGUGCCUCAAUUAAAAUAGAAAUCAUAGUUGGGUGAGCUUUUCUGGGUUUUCCACAGCAUUUAAUGAAGUAUUUGAUCAGCUUGGGUCCAAAGACGAAGGUAUAUAUAAUCGUGCAUAUAUUACGUUUGCUCCAAUGGCUGUAGUGCCUAUAUAAUGCUUAAUUGAUAGUAUAUUAAUAUUUUAGCAUAUUCAGUUUCUGUUGCAUGCUUAAGGCUCGCACAGCCUAUAUUAUUAGAAUAUAGACCGGCCUAUUACAACACUGUGUGCAUGUGUAUUGCGACACCUUUGACUGAAUGCGGUAUCAGUUUUUAUCUGGACCAGAAAGUGAACGGCCGAUUUAAUAAUGUAUCCUGCCCGCUCUGACCUAUUUUACUGCUUCUAUUUAUCAGCAGAAUUACUCUAAAGGUUUCGUGCUCAUAACUUCUUUUUAAUGAGUUUAAUGUCAAUAGCGAGUCAUUUUAGUUUGUUAGCAGUUUUAAUGUCCUUAUAUAGUUCCCCGGCAUAUACUUACGCUGUUUGUUUUUAAUAUCUUCUUUGGCUUCACAACCGCCUUCUGACUCUGUAGGUUUUGGAGAGAAACAAUGUGCGGCUGCGUUUUGGAACGGCGAACUUGAGGAAGAGCUAAGGGAGAGUGGCACUUUAGACUUUUUUGGAUUGAUGAAGAAAGAUGAUGAUCGCGAAAAAAUUAUGGAAGAAGUAGACAAAAACAGAGCUAAAUCUGUAUAUAAACAUUCACAGGAAGAUUGUUCAGAAGGAUGCAAGACUAGAGGUUAGCAUUAUAUAUAUAACAAUAUAUUACAUGUAUAUUAGCUACUUAUAUUGUAUAUUGUAAUUUGUACGGCAUAUAUACUCUCUGUAUAGAAUUUUGUAGCUUGUGUAUAAACUAACACUGAUUCGGAAAAAAUAACAACCCAUGCAGUUGGCUUAGCAUUUAAUAUUGCUUUGACAUUUGUGUUUUAUUAUACACUGAAUUAAAUAUAUAUCUGCAGGUUGUGGAAGGCUAUGGGUUGUCGAUGGGCAGUGGAAACUUAUGUUUGCACAUUGCAUGAUGCAAAGGAAGGUAUCAGCAAUAAGUCAAUAUAUAUCAUUUCUUGGCAAUUGCCCGCGAUGUAUAGCUGUCAAAAAUAUUUCAUACAGUAUCCGCCGUAUAUUUAACAAUUAUACCAUGAGCUCGAGUCGUAUAUGAGUUGAUAGCCGAUGAGUCACGAGUAUGUAUUUCAUGUCAUGCCAGUGUGCCUCAAUAUCAGCUCGUAUACGACGAAUGGUAUAAUUGUUUGAUAAUAUAUAUAGUCCUUUAGAAAUUAACUACAGAUCAUAUCAAAUCAUAGAAGCCAUGCACGGUUUAUAUAAUUAUAUUGUUGCUCUUUUUGGCACUAGAACUUUGUUCGCGGACUUCCACUUUUAAAUUAUCCAAAUGUGUGCACAAAUUCGCCGAAACACGGAAAGGCAUUUUGUAUUGAACAUCUGGCAUACCUGAGCGAGAAACACCCAACUGUCCCCACUGGCAUUCGUGAAUUUUUAAGCUAUUGUGGCGUACAUCGUGCUAAUGCAGG